UGCUUCUUCUUCUUUCUUUCUUUUAAUGGCAGUUCUGCUCCGUCGUUAUAACGCAACAUGUAUUAUCGUCGUAUGUGUUGGCUCGAGUGGAGGGAGAACAACGUGGGCCGGUGUGGGCCGAGGUGUGUCGCGUUACUAUACACCACGUGAUUCACCUCUUCGCUGACGCGUUACAUCAGUCUGUGGCGAAGAGGAGUGGCGAUUAAAGCGAAAGUGAGAGGCAGAACCCGAGGAGCAGCGAGGGUGAUCUGUACCCGGCCAUGGUUUACUUGGUGAACAUGUUUAGAGUGUCCGAUGUACCUGGGUGUGCUGAUCUGUCUGCUCGGGGCUGCGCGCUGCUCCAGCGACAAAAAAAUGUGUCCAUGUCCAGAAAUUUCCAGUAGGAAUGACACUCAACCGCCAGCAAAGAACUGCUACCAGAUUAGCGAGACUUUUCGCUACACGUGCAAAGAUCCCAACUUGAGGAAGGCGGGAACUUCCAAUUUCAUAAAGUGCAAGCAAGAUGGCAACGGUUCUCCACAUUGGUCCCCGCUCAACAUCAGCCUCAAGUGUAUACCUGACCCAAACAGAACCAUACAACAACCACCAAGCAGCACAGUAACGACUGACCCAAACACAACCACAACACAACCACUAGAGAGCACAGUAACAAAGGGUCACACUGAUAUUCCCCAUGACUUCACCAUUGCUACCACAGUCAGUGAGUUCUCAGCAGCUCCCUCCAGCCCACAGAUGGCCCAGAGUUUGAGCCCCUCGGCCUCAGUUUCUGCAGAGCCAGACAAGGCGGAGGCCACAUCGCCUCUGCAGGCCCUGUCGGGCCGCUCACAGGGAACAGAAGAAAAUGUGAGGGAGACCGAAGCGACGCACCAGACAACAGCAACAUUAACCGGCGUCCGCACGGGGAUCGGUUUUGCUUCAGCGGCGAUCGUCUGUGCUUUGAUCGGAAUCAGCUUCUUUUGUUAUAAAAGGAGGUCAAAAAGCGCCAUCCCACAAGAGAUGCCAGAAGAACAGUUUCCCAUGAAUAAUGUUCAAUCCGAGCAUUGAACAGGCGUCGUGGGGUUUGACCCGCCGCCGUCACAGAGCUCAGCGAUGGAGCCGAACCGGAGCUCGUGGGAUCGUCCCCGCGCAGUGAAGAACCCAUUUGAUAUUCUUUCGGUAUUCUUUCGGUAUUACCAAAGAGCAUGAUAGCACAAAAACAAUGUAUGUUCUUGUUGUAAUUUAAAUCCUAUGAAAAUGCUAAACCCAACAAUUAAUUAAUCCCCCCAACAAGUCUGUUCUGUUUAGACAAAGCCUCAUAAAGCUCACAUGGCUUUGUGCAAUAGAGCGCCAUUGUUCCCUAAAAGCGAUUAAAAACACACCUGUACCCUACUAAACUAAAAUAUACUACUACCAAAUAGAAAAAGUUGUGCCCAACUGUUAUAGGGAGCUAUUUAGCCUUCCUCUGAGCCACUUCUGGUGCCAAGAAGUGGCUCAGAGGAAGGCUUUGAGAGACGGACUAAUUCCUGGUUUUUCAUUGGAAUGAUUGACACUAAAGAACGGAGAGUAACUCCAACGGUUUCCUUUAGUCUACUCAAGUUGUAUCUUUGGAAAUCGAUAAGCUGGAGUAUUCAGGAGUUAACAUGUUUGUGAGCAAACAGGAAAUGAAAAGACUGAUAUUUUGUAAGAGCAGGCAAUAGAUUCACGUUGGCCGAGCUGUGUUUCACCAUUUGUCAGAGGCAGAACUAAAAUAAUUGGAGCAAUAAUCAAACUAACUAUGUUAAAAAUAUAUACAAAUAACUUAUUUUAUUCAUUCUUCAUCUUAGCAGGCUAGCUAGGUAGCUACCUAAAGAACUAAAGGUUAGCAUGGCAAGUUGUGAGCUAAGCUAGGCUAACUAGCUUACGGUGGCUAGUCUGCUUAGCUUCAGUUAGGAGCCGAGCACGAGGGCUUCAUCGUAUCAUCUCAUCUUUGGUUUACUGAGCUCAUUGUUGAACCGGAGGCCUACUUGUUUGUUUAGCUGUGUACAUGUUAGCUGUUGGUACUGAGCCAAGGACACUGCCCUCUGUGUUUGAGUGCUUCUGUGUCCAGCCCCGUCGAUGAGAAGGGUCACUUCACCCACAUCAUAAACAAACUGAUCUUUCACUUUUUAAAAGGGUCAGAAAUAUAGAUAUUGACAAUAAAACACAUGACUAUAUUGUCAAUAAUACAGCAUCUCUUAAAUUACUUCAUAUAUAUAUGUUUUUGUUACAGACCUACACUCGUAAUUUGCACAAUAAACAAAGUUUAAGAUGAAUUUGA